AUGGACGUAGUUUUUCAAGGACGGAAACUAAAACGUGAGGCACAACUAUGGGAAGAAGCUCGGGUGAAACUCAUUGAAGCUGGGGUAGCUGAUGACAUUGAAGAUGAUGUGGUGAUCGACAUUACUGAGUUUAAUGUCAUGGAAGUUGACUCCAACGGAGAUUCAAUAUACAGUACAGUGCAGAACAACGAUGGAAUUUCCGAAGCUAGUGAUGCAAGUAAAGUUACCAAUAAUAUUAUACUAAGUAGUAGCUUAUUGGGUGAUCUCGAAAGAUUGCCUCAGAAUAAUUAUCAAGAUAACUCAAAUACGUUUGAGAAUCGGAGUUUUCGACAGUCUACUGACGUCGAUAUAUCUGGUCUUGAUAAAUCAAAUUCUAAUAGAGAUAAACAUGCUUGUAUUGCUUCUGUAGAAAAUGCUAGAGAUAUCAUUUGCGCUAACAGCCAGGAAUUAGAUUUUCAGGCAGUUGAACUGGAUGAUAUCGAGUAUUCUAAAAGUCAAGUUGCCUCUGUAUCAUUAGAGAUUUCAAAAAAACGAAAUCCUAGUGAAUUAGAAACACUUAGACUUGGUAGUUUGAAUUUAAACUCAUUUCGUAAGCCUCCAUCUAUUGUAGAAAAAGAUACGCUGCCACAUGAGAUUUCGCAGAUAUCUUGUGAUAAUGAAUUUUUAUCUUGUGAUACUGAAAUCAGUAAUGGCGAAAUUUCUUUCACUACAAUAGAUGAUAACGCUUCGCAAGAAACUCAUGAUACAGAUUAUUUAUCAUGUGAUGAGCUUACGGAUGAUGGAGUACAAAUUGUAUUAAACAAUAGUCAUGAAAAUAAUCAGAAUAACAAUGCGUUUGUUAAUGCUGAUGAUAAUCCGAUUCAUUCUUAUCCUGACAAUGUUUCACAAGAAACAAAUUCUCAGCAAACUGAUGAUAACUCAGAUAAUAAUGUUGAUAAUUCAGAUAAGAAUGUUGAUAAUUCAGAUAAAACUGUUGAUAAUUCGAGCCAGUCACUUCCGGCAUCUGGUAAUACGAGUGCUUCUGUUAUUUCUGGUCGUCGCAUUUUUGAACCUAUGUUCUAUCACGAACAACUGAAAAAUUUCG